AUGGAUUCCCGUCAAGUCAAGACGCCAAAGUACAUGGUGUACUGUGUACUUGUGGCGUGCAUUGGAUCAUUCUCUAAUGGAUGGACCAUCGGAUGUGCCAACCUACCAGGUGAUGUAACACACCAAUGUCCAACAGGGAUGCGACGAUUAGCGACACCCGUUUUGCCCGAUUGUAUACCGAUGGGCACGUCCUUGUGGGGUUUUGCAGUGGCCUCAUUUUGCGUUGGUGGUCUUGUAGGCGGCGUAUGUGGCGGCUGGGUGCAAACCAAAUUGGGUCGUAAAAAAGCCAUUAUAUGGAACACGCUUGGCUGGAUCAUUGGUGGAUUACUAUUGGGUCUAUCGGUCAACGUGGCCAUGUUUAUCAUUGGACGUAUUCUAUGUGGCCUUUCAUGUGGUCUUGGAUCACUUGCGAUUCCCACCUAUAUUGGCGAGACAUCAAGUAUUCGUGCUCGAGGUGCAAUGGGUGCCAUGAACCAAUUUUUGAUUGUGAUUGGCAUUUUGCUAUCAGCUAUUAUUGGCCUGCCUACCUCUUCAGUACCCUAUUGGCGUAUCAAUUUUGCCAUUGUGGGUGUACCAGCUAUUAUACAAGCGAUGCUUAUGACAACAUGUGUUGAAUCACCACGAUGGUUGGUAUCCGAUAGCCGACUUGAAGAAGCACGUGCAUCAUUACAACGACUACGUGGCAAGAACGCUAUUAUCCAAAAUGAGUUUUACGAAAUUGUUGAAGGCCAAGUGGGCACCAUGCGCGCAAGAAGUGUACUCCAGCAUCCUGAAAAUGCUGAAAAGAUCUUGAGUGGCAAAUGGUCUAUGGAAGAAAUCAAUGAAGCCAACAAUAAUCAUAACCCCAACACCUUACCUACCGACACCUUGGAUGCCAACGAGCAACAAAAAAUACACCCCGAUGUACCACGCACGAGUGUGGAUAAUGAUACCAUGAUCAACCCAGUACCAACGGGAGAAACAGUGCCUGUAGAAACCGGUGAUCCAAGUGGUGGUGUACACAAGCCCAUGAACAUUAUCCAGAUCUUCCGUGAUCCCGUAAUUCGACGUAUCUCACUUGUGGUAUUUAUGCAUCACGCAAUUCAACAACUAUCAGGUAUGAAUGCUGUGAUGUAUUAUUCGACCAACAUCUUCGCAUCAGCAUUCGAUUUGACCAUGUCAAAGUAUAUGGCUAUUGCUACGAAUGGAGUCAACUUUGUUGUCACUAUUGGAGCCGUGUAUCUUGUUGAUCGUAUGGGUCGUCGACCGCUCUUGCUUAUUGCAGAAGGUGGUGCAUGUUUAUUUUCAGUACUCCUUGUCGUGGGCUAUGCUUGCAACAAACCAGCCUUGCUGGUGGUAUCGGUGUUCAUGUAUGUGGCGUCCUUUGCUAUUGGCAUUGGUCCAAUCCCUUGGAUGAUCACCUCUGAACUUACACCCACGUAUGCUAAUUCUUCGGUGGGUGCUAUUGCCACAGGUGUCAAUUGGGCCAUGAACUUUGUGGUUGGUCAAGUAUUCCCGGUGAUCUUUGCUGGUAUCGAGGGCUACUCCUUUGCCAUUUUUGCAGGCAUUUGCUUGCUUGCAUGGUUGUUUACGUUUUUCAUGCUUCCUGAAACCAAGAAUCGUUCAAUCGAGAAUAUUGUCAAGGGCUUCCAAACGGGUGGUACCAGAAUGCUGGGUCUUGCACGUCGUCGAUCAUCCGAGAACACAAUGGUGGAACAUCAACCACAACAACAAGGUGAUGCUUGA